AUGGAGAAGCAUGCGUACCUAGAGAAGGAAAACUGGAAGCUCAAGAAGACCCUCAAGCGCAAGACCCCCGGCGUCGAGAUGCCAUCCAUCCACGUCUCCAACCAAGCCUCGUCCCCUCGCAAGCUCCCGGCGCAGGCCUCGUCCUUCAUCGCGUCUGACUUCCGCCACGUGCCCCAGCUCGACUUUGGGUCAGUCGAGAUUGGCCAGACAAGGACGCUAUCGCUCGGCUUCCUCAACCCGAGCGACCAUGGCGUCGCCCACAUCGUCGUCGAGGACGUGCUGCCAAAGGCCUUUGGCUCCGAGUUCUACGUCCAUGCGCACGAGGCGAUCGUCGUCCCGAUGCAGUCCUCCGCGACGAUUGACGUGGUCUUUACGCCGACCAAGCCCGGCCGCGUCCACGCCAAGCUCCACGUGCGCCUGAACAAGCGCUUCAAACUCUUUUGCACGCUCACCGCCACCGCAACAGGGACCGCGCUCGCAUCGUCAUCGUCCUCGUCCUCGUCUGCCAAGCGCGCCAAGGUAUCGUCGACAUCCUCCUCGUUGGCAGCGUCGUACGCGUCGACGUCGUCGACGAUCUUGCGCAAGGCAGGGAAGCCCGAGACGUCGACAAGCCAGCUCUGGAAGAAGCGACGCAUCGUCUUUGACGACCAAUGGAUCCCCAAGCAGGAAGAAGGUUUCCAGAAGUGGCUCAACUUUACGCUCCUCGGCGCCCAUUUUGCCGAGAUCAAGGACGAGACGCCGCUCACGACCGACCGGUAUUACCAGCUGCGGCUGCUUGCAAUCCGCCGACUCGAGUCCAAGAUCCGGCAGGCAGCGCACGCCGUGUACAACCACAACCACACGGACCAUGUCCUGUACCGUCUCCAGCGGGAAAUCACGGCCAAGCGACUCACGAUCCGAACCGACCGCCCACUGCAUGUCGACGUCGGUCUGCAGAACGAGCUCAUGACGCUUCUCAAUCACUACCACCCGCUUUGGCUCACGCUCGGGCUCGAAGUUGUGCUCGGCCUCCGCAUCGUCGAGUCCCUCGGGGAGCUCAUCCAUCCGACGUCCUCGUCGUCGCACAUGCCGCUCUUUCUACGUCGGCUCAUCGCCGAGCGCAUCACGAACGACCCGGUGCUCGCGCUCAAGCACCCGUCGCUGCAUCUGGGCGUCAAUCGGUCCGAGGCGUACUUGGCCAAGCUCCGCGUCCACACGCUUGUCAAGUGCUUCAUGCUUGUCUACUUCCUCGACAAGGCGCAUGCGCAGCGCCACGUCGACCAUAUUGCGCUGCCAUGCCUCUUCCGGCCGUCGAGCAGUGUCAAGAGCUCCAAGCAGAUUUUGUAUGAUUUUUGCCAAAAGUUUCUGAGCCAAGAAGGGAACGUGCUCCGGCACCUCGGCAACCUCGAGUAUACGGUCGCCUACGAGCAAAGCGUCCUUGAGGAGAUGGACAUGCAGGUCGAGAACCUCGCCAUGGACCUUCGCGACGGCGUCCGACUCGUACGCUUGCUCGAGACGCUUGUGCCCGGCGCGGUCUUGAGCCCGCAGCUGCGCUUGCCAGCCGUGUCGCGGCUCCAGAAGGUCCACAACGUCAAGGUCGCGCUGUCGUUUUUGGAGGAGCACUGCCAAUUGCAGCUCAACGCGGUCGAGUCGAGCUGCGCCGUGACCAACUACCAGCCGACGACGAUUGGGCCCAAGGACAUUGUCGACGGGCACCGUGAAAAGACGCUUGCGCUCCUCUGGAAGCUCAUUAGCCAUUUCAAGAUCUCGCACGUCGUCGACGUCGCCUUGGUUGCCACCGAAAUUGACCGUGUGAAGCGCCGGUGGUCGGGCCUCGCCGCGCAAGUCUACGCGACGAUCCACGACGGCGAUGUCAACGACAACAACCGGUCGAUUCCGCAGUUGCUGCUCGAGUGGUGCCGCGUCGUGUGUGCCAACUACCACCUCGCGAUCCACAACUUUACCGCGUCGUUUGCCGAUGGGAAAGCGCUCUGCCUCAUGGUGCACUACUACCACCCGCGGUUGCUUGAAAAGUCCGACAUGCACUGGACGACGAGUGAUCGGAGCGACAAGGACCGCAUUGGCCACGACGAGUUUGAAGCGCUUUUGUCGCAAGAGCGCGCCAACUUUGCACUCGUGAACGCCAAAGUCAAGCUCCUCGGCCAAGUCCCGGUCCUCGUGCCCGAGUUUGACUCGAACAAUUUGCCCGAAGAGAAGAUCAUCAUGACGUUCGUCGCGUACCUGCACUCGCGUCUCCUCGGCGCAAGCAAGGAGAUCCACGCUGCGUUUACGCUCCAGCAUUGGUGGGUACCCCGCUUUCGCCGUUUGCGCCGGACCAAGCGCGACCACGCGGCGCGCGUCAUCCAGCGCUUUUGGUACACGACGUCGCACAACCGGUUUGCGAUCCGCUGUGUGCAGCGCCUCCUCUACUUGGCCCGGAAGCUCCAAGCAUUUGUCCCGUCCGGGUGCCAAUCAAAGCUCGGUGGUCUCCCAAUCGUCGUGGCGUCGCCUGUUCGCGUGCCCGUCGUCGCACCACCGGCUCCCGUCGUGGCGCCACGAUCCACGGUGGUCUAUGCGCCGCUGUCGCCGACGCUGACCACAGUCCGCGCGCCUCGGUCACCGGUCGUCGCAGUGUAUGCAUCUCGGUCGCCGCCCGUGGCCGUCUUUGCACCGCCGUCGCCGCCUGUAACGGUCCCUGCCCCGCUGUCGCCGCCUCACUCGGACGAAGCCGACCCAACACCAGAGGUUGUCGAGGUUGACAACAACUACGACUUUGAUGCGGCCGCAGCGUGCAUUCAACGAGCCGUCCGCGCGUGGCUCGCCGACAUUCGCGCGUCCCGAGCCGCCUUUCGCCUCGCGAUGGAGCAAGCGCAGAGCGCCGUCCGUCUCCAACAGUGGUGGCGCAUGUAUCGCCGCGUCUCGUACACCAAGGCACUCUGGCAAACGAUGGCCUUCCACCUGCGUUCGUUGCGCGACGCGGCGGCCGUGACACUGCAGCGCGCGGUCCGGCGCCGCCAGACGCAAGCGUUCUGGUACGCCCUCGUCUACUACGCGCGUCUCCAAAGUCGCCAAGUGGUCGCGGCGACCAAAAUCCAGCGCUGGAUCCGCGGCAAGGGCACGCAGAAGGUGCAGCAUUUGUGGUCGACCAUGGUCGUGCUCCUGCGGCAAAAGGAACAAGCGGCGGCGACGCGGCUCCAGCGCUGGUGCCGACGCCGUCUCGAAUGGCCGCCUUCGACGACGCUGCAAUUCUGGUACCGCAAAGCCAUGCGGCUGUAUGAGCGCAAGCAGCGCUGGGUCGACGUCAUCCUCGCCGUCCAUUACGAACGCUGCGACCAAGCCGCCGUGGUGAUUCAAACGGCGUGGCGCCAUGCCAAGCGUCGAGCCACUGUCGCCGUGUGGCAUGAUCUCAUCAACCACGUGCUCGAACGCCGCCGACACGAGCUCUGGGACGCCUACACGACGGCGGCCGCGACACGGCUCCAGCGCGCCUUCCGACGGUACCGGGUCGUGUGCGUGCGGUGGCGCUGGACCGCCCUUGCCGUCGCCGCCAAGCACGCCCACGAAACGACGUCCGUGGCCGCAGCCUGGUGGCUCGACGCGGUCGCCGUGCUCACGUACCACGACCACGCCGCGCGCGUCAUUCAAGAGGCGUGGUAUAAGGCGUGUCGUCGGGCACAGGUCCGCGACUGGUUUCUCAACGUCAUUGCUGCCGUGCGUGAGCUCGAAGCCAAUGACGCCGCCGCGAUCGUCGUGCAGCGCUCUUGGCGCAAGGCGGUUUUGCGUGCCUCGUGGCGCACCUUGGUCGCCGACGUGUACCGCGCCAACCAGGCCGCGCUCGUGGUGCAAACCGCGUGGCGCACGUCGCAGCGCCAGUACCUCGUGCGGGCGUGGUGGACAGACACGACCGCGAGCCUCCGCGUCCAGCGGGGUGCGCGCGAGAUGGAAGCAGCCACGACGCUCCAGUCCAUGUGGCGCGAGUACAAGCGCCGGACGAUCCUCCGGUCGUGGUGGACGCACGUCAUCACGCUGCUGUACGAGCAACGUGACGCUGCAGCCGCGCAGAUGCAGACCGAGGCCAAGGAGCUGCAGCACCACGCCGCCAAGACGCUUCAAAAUUGGUGGGUCGAGGUGCAGCGCCGGUCGCGCGUCCGGGCCUACUGGACGCAACUCGUGGUCGUGCUCGAGGAGCAGCGCGACGGCGCCGCGUACAUGCUUCAGUCGUGGUGGCGUACGCUGCAGUACAACCGCCGGCUCAAGACGAUGCAGGACGAGUGGCACUCGCUCGCCGUGUGCCUCUCCAUCCAGCAGCAAGACACGCAGAGCCUCGCGGCGACGCGUAUCCAAGACUUUGUCCGGCGCUACCAAAGCCUCCAGUUUCUCAAAAACUGGUGGCUCGGCCUCAUCGAGCACGUCCAGUACCGCGAGUCGGCGGCGCGCAUCAUCCAGGCGUAUUGGGCCCACGCACGCAUGCGCAAGCAGCAGCCCAAGCCGCGCCGUAUCUCGAUGCACCGCGUCCUCCCGGGCGACGCGAUUCUCAAGCUCCAGUCGUGGUGGCGCGGCACGCUCGUCCGUCGGCAGUACGACCGCCUCUCGCCCGUGACGGCCGUGCGUCAUCGCCUCGACGCGGCCAAGACGUCGGCCAACGUCGUCGCCGCCGCGCUCCGCGAUCAAAAACCGCUGUUUGUGCAAGAGGAAAAGAUCAAGCUCCGUCUCCGGCUCAAGCGCGCGCUUGCGAUUCUGCACACGUCGCCGCGCCUCCAAGACAUGCUCCACGCGGUGCAUACGCUCGAAAUGUGCACGCGCCUCAGUCGCGAGUGCUGCGUCGAGUGCUUGUUGCAUCAAGUGCCGCGGCUGCUCUACGCGGCGAUCCGCAAGUGCAACCGGAGCCGGCCGCAGCUCGAGCUCCUCCACCAGCUGCUGCAGGUGGUCUUGAAUCUCUGUUUGCACCAGCAAGGCCGGUUCCACGCGGCCAACAUUGCGAUCGCCGAAGACGUCGAGGGCCACGCAAUGAGCUGCGAGCUCUGGAUCGACCUCAUGCAAAUGCACCGCGACUCGGCCGUGCUCUUUACGCUCAACGCGCGUCUCCUCAAGUAUGCGCUCAUGUGCCUCGUGCGCGACAACGCCGAGUUUGACGGCCGCCAGCAAGCGCUCUUGAGCGAAGCCCACCGCCGCCUCUCGCUGCUCCACGCGCUCUUUGCGAAACGGGCGCGGACCAAGAGCCUCGUGGAAAAGCAGGUGGCACACAAGGGCAAGGAGGUGCCGGGCCAGUUGCACCCGACGCGCGCCAUCUCGAUUUUGCAAACGCUCCUCUCGCUCCUCCCGGCGUCGGCGCAUUAG